CCGGCGAGAGCGCGCGACGAGACAACUCGCCAUGGCUCCCUUGGACGUGGGCCCCUCUACCAUCUUCGACGCCCGCCCCAGUUUGGUGGACCCGGUGGUGCAGGAGCUGGGCCGGAUCCUGGAGGAGCACGGCCCUGUGCCGAAUGCCCAGAUCGAGCUGGAGCUGCGCCUCGGAGUGCUGCGAGGCAGCGGAGCUGGCGCCUCCGCCGCGCGGGUGGACCUGCCGCUGGGCUCCGAGGCCUUGCUGGCGCGCUGCGAAGCUUUCCCCUUCCGGUUCCAAGCGGGCCUCCCGCCGGAGACCUAUGCGGGGCUCAUGCACAGGCUGGAGGUGCUGAGGGCCGAGGGCCUGGAGUGCUCCGUGCGCUCGGAGCAGCUGCUGGACACCUUGUACGACCCUCCGGAGACGGGUCGCACGGGCGGCCCCAUGAACCGAAGCCAGCUGCGGAUGACCCACAGAAGGGACAAGGACCGCUGGGUGCCCUGCCGCCCGGUGCUGAAGACCCGCCACGAAGCGCUGGACCUCUUCACGGGGCGGCUGCGCCCGGAGAAGGGCGGCAUCUUCGACCUGCGGGCCGCGCUGAGCACCGAGGCGCCGGCCAACAAGCCGAAGACCGAGGUGCGGCUGAAGCGGGAGAAGCAGCGGAAGGUCUUCGACUUCCGCGCCUGGCGCGUGGACUUCACCGCGGUGCGCUCGUCGGAUCAGACGAGCAAGGAGCUGUCCUAUGAGGUGGAGCUCGAGCUGAACUCCCAGAUCUUGCAGAAGAACUUGGAGGCCAAGAUGGCAGGAAAGCCGCAUCAGCUGUGGGAACUGCUCACCGACUUCCUGAACGCCGGCAGGGACCUGGCUGUCUUGGCCGCGGAGCCGCGGCCGCUGGUUCUGCCGCCGCAGCUGCCGCCCCUUCCGCGGGGCGGCGAGGAGGCCUACCGCCAGCAGCUGCAGGGCAAGCCUGAGCCGGUGAUCGGACACUAUCUCUACCGUCUGGCUGAGAGCGGCUGGCUGCAGCGCAAGCGACAGAAGACAGAGAAGAAGGCACACCGGUCUGCGGUGAAAGCGCACCCGGAUCCCUCACUGGGGCUUUGGCCUGCUCUGGCCGUGAAGUCGGACGCGGAAGCGGCGGAAGCGGUCAUGGCAAAGCCUGACAGCAGGCGGGCGCUGGUCCUGGUGCUGCUGGGGGUGUGUCUGGGUUCCUGGCUGGAGCGCUCGGACGCCUUCGUGUCGCUGUGGUCUUGGACUCGCCAGGGGCCCGGCAGAUCUUCGUUGAGCACGCGCUCCAGGCUAGACUCCAAAGUGGCCCGGCAAGCGACGCUGGUGGGCAGCCCGGCGCCGGCAGGGCCGGAUGACCUGCAGGCGAUUGUGGAGGAAGACAUCGAAGACAUCCAGCUGGACUCUGGCAGGUACGUGGUGCUCUUCUUCUAUCCCUUGGAUUUCACCUUCGUGUGCCCCACCGAGAUCAUGGCGUUCUCUGACCGCAUCGACGAAUUCAAGCGCCGGAACACCUCCAUCUACGGCGUCUCCGUGGACAGCGUGUACUCCCACCUGGCCUGGAUCCAAAUGCCGCGCGAGGAGGGCGGACUAGGCGGUCUGGAGUAUCCGCUGAUCUCGGACUUCCACCGGAAGCUGGCGACCGCCUUUGGGGUGCUCAGCCCCGAGGGGGUUGCCUAUCGAGCGCUCUUCAUCAUCGACAAGGAGGGCAUCGUGCAGCACGCCACCGUCAACAACUUGGCCUUCGGCCGGAACGUGGAUGAGGUGCUGCGCACUUUGGACGCCAUCCAAUACACCCAGCAGAACCCCGAUGAGGUCUGCCCUGCCGGGUGGCAGCCGGGGGACAAGACGAUGCGGCCAGACUUUGGCGGCAAGAGGGAGUAUUUUGGCGAGUCCUGAGCAUGUCGGUACAGGAUUUCGGAUUUCGGCUUUCUUUUAUCCGGUGCAGUGAGGCCCCGAUGGAGGCGGCUCCCGGAGUUGUUUCAAGAGAGGCGGCAAUUCCGUUUCCAUUUGCUGUCCGUCAGAUUUUUUUCACGUGGGGCCCAUGACAUCGUUGUCUGGG